AGCGCGCAGAGCCCCAUGGAGCUGCCGGCCAGCAACAGCAGCUGCGAGAACGGUUCCCUGAUCAGCCUGUACUGCUCCUCCCAAAAAGUCCUGUGCCAGAUCGUCAGUGACCUCCAGCCUGAGGUGCCCAGCAAUGUCACCUCCAACAGCUGGCAGGAGAGGUUCAGGAAGAACUACAGCUUCUAUGUCGGUCUGGGGCUGGCCAUCCUGUCCAGCUUCCUCGUCGGCAGCAGCGUCAUCCUCAAGAAGAAGGGCCUACAGCGACUGGUGGCCUCGGGCGCCACUCGGGCUGUGGAUGGAGGCUAUGGCUACCUGAAGGACUCAAUGUGGUGGGCUGGAUUUCUCACGAUGGCUGCUGGGGAAGUUGCCAACUUCGGGGCCUACGCGUUCGCUCCUGCCACAGUCGUCACCCCUCUGGGAGCGCUGAGUAUCCUCAUAAGUGCCAUCUUUUCCUCGUAUUUCCUGGGGGAGAGUCUGAACCUCCUGGGGAAGCUGGGCUGUCUGAUCUGCAUGGCUGGCAGCACAGUGAUGGUGAUACAUGCCCCCGAGGAAGAGAAGAUCACCACCAUCAUGGAGAUGGCUGCCAAGAUGAAAGACACAGGGUACAUCGUGUUCGCUGUGUUUCUGCUGGUGUCCUGCCUCAUCCUCAUCUUCGUCGUCGCCCCACGUUAUGGACAAAGGAACAUCCUCGUCUACAUCGUCAUCUGCUCUGUGAUUGGGGCCUUCUCCGUGCCUGCCAGCAAGGGUCUGGGCAUGACCGUCAGGAACUUCUUCCAGGGGCUGCCAGUGGUGCGGCACCCUCUCCCCUACAUCCUGUCCCUCAUGCUGGCGCUUUCCAUCAGCACUCAGGUCAACUUCCUCAACAGGGCGCUGGACAUCUUCAACACCUCCCUGGUGUUCCCCAUCUACUACGUGUUCUUCACCACGACGGUGAUGACCUCCUCCAUCAUCCUCUUCAAGGAGUGGUACAGGAUGUCGGCCGUGGACAUCGUGGGCACCCUCUCCGGCUUUGUCACCAUCAUCCUGGGUGUAUUCAUGCUUCAUGCUUUCAAAGACCUGGACAUCAGCCAGAGCAGCCUGCCCCACAUGCACAAAAACCCACCUGCCACUCCUGCCCCAGAGCCCAGUGUCAUUAGACUUGGAGACAAGAAUGUCCUGGUGGACAACAUGGAACUCUCCAGCACCCCAUCACCAGAAGAGAAGCCAAAAGUGUUUAUAGCCCAUUCGUAA